CAACUGCGAUGCCACCGCCACGCGCAGCUGCCGGUGGGCGGUCUGCCCGUGCUGUGGUUGAGUGCUGUGGUUGACGUAGUAUGUCUGUGUUGGAUGUAUGGAGUACAUCUCGUGGUGUACAGCCUGUUCUUGGGGGUUCCCAGUGCCAUGCGAGUCCAGACGCCUCUCGGCGUUUACACUUUGGGGCUUUGGUGCUGUUUUGUCAUGUUUCCGAUGCGUGCUUUCUCAACCGCGAUGUUUCCGAUCCUUGAAGUUUCCGAUGUCCUAUGUGUCCGAUGGGCUAUACCGACCAGACGACAUCAGAAAGUCUCCGUCGCCAUGUUUAUAACAGGUCCGAGAUCCUGUAGACGGACAAAACUUUCAUCAGCCACAUGGACUUGACUGGAAUACUAUUUGUUCUCAUUGUAGUGCUGUGCAGCCAGAUAUUUCAGACCUUUCGACUAUCUCGAUUGCCCAUCAUGACGGACAUCCUAUCCAAGAAUCAGGCGCAUUUCAAGUGAGUCUCGAUUGGCUGGCACGCCACAUCUGCACCGCACGAGCUUGGCCAUUCCGUUUUCAGUCACU